AUGAUUCACGCAAAGAAAACUCAAUUCAACAUAUCUUGCGAGAAAUAUCCAAAGGAAGUGCCACUCGAGGAUCUUUUCACAAUGGAUCUUUCAUCGUGGGUCUAUCACUUACAGACUACAGUGCAUGUAAAGUUAGCUGUGAUGAGAACCAGUAAUAUGCAAUGCAAUGUCAUAAACGGCAAUACAUUAUACGCACAUGCCUGCCGCCGAUAUAAAUCUCGUAACGUAACACCAAUCAUUUUGGGAUACCCAUCGCCAAAAGCACCACCAAGGGUUUCAACCCCCGCCAAAACAAUAGAUUUUCGUAGACCUCUGGUUCCGCUCUGUGCACCCGCGGUUCAUUACUCAAUCCAAACUCCAUUUACUGGAUCUCUCAUGUGGAAACUUACUUCUGCCGAGUAA